AUGGCAGCUGCACUGGGCACGAUUGGGGAAUUCGUUCCGACGGAGGCGCCGUCUUGGCCCUUGUAUUUGGAGCGCCUCGAAUUUUUCUUUCAAGCAAACGACAUCGACGGUAACGAGAAGAAGCGAGCAACGCUCUGCAGCGUUUGCGGCCCAGCAACGUAUGCCAUCGUGCGUUCCCUUUGUUCUCCAGACGCGCCGUCGGCGGUGGCCUACGAUGAGAUCGUCAGGCGUCUCUCAAACCACUUCUCGCCGCGACCGUCGGUGACAGUUCAGCGUUUCAAGUUUGGCACGCGUCAGCAGCAGCCCGGUGAGUCAAUUGCCGACUACAUCGCAGACCUGCGACGUCUCUCGGAACAUUGUGAUUUCGGUGCGUCGCUCGACGACAUGUUGCGCGACCGACUGGUGUGUGGGGCGCGAAGCGAGACUCUUCAGCGUCGGUUGCUGGCGGAGCCGGAGCUUACGUUUGCGACAGCUCGGGAGAAAGCCAUUGCCAUGGAAUCUGCGCAGCGACAGACUGAGCAAAUUCGCGGCAGUGCCACAUCGUCUGAAGUAUGCAGCGUCAGCGGGAAGCGUUUCGACCCAUGUGUUACGAAGGUCUCGGCGCCGGGGACAGCCAAGGAGGGUACCCAGAAGCAGGCGGGUUUGCCUGGGAGCACAAGUGGAUGUUUCCGCUGCAAGGGUGCGCAUUCGCCAAGCAGUUGCCCAUUCAUUAAUGUGCAGUGCCACUUCUGCAAGCAACGAGGGCACAUAGUAAGAGCAUGCAGGAGGAAGGCUACAGCUCGCGCUUCGGCUGAACCGAACUCUCCGAACGGAAAACGGGCCAAUGGAAGCCGUCACAAGAAUGCUGCGUCGGACGUAUACGACGUGUUCGUACUGUGUGGUGAGAAGCCAGCCGUGAGAGUGGAAGUGCGGUUCAACGGAAGUCCCCUAGAGAUGGAGGUGGACUCGGGUGCAGUGUGUUCAGUCAUCAACGACCGGACUAUGCGGAAGCUGCGAAUAUCGAAAAGGGCGUUGCGCCCAAGUAGCCUUCACCUCCGAGCUUACAAUAACAAGGAACUACGAGUGUUGGGUGAAUUGACCGUGACGGUGGAAUUUAGGGGGCAGGAACAUCGCCUGCGAUUGGUGGUGGUUAAGGGUGCUAGUAUCGGACUUAUCGGUCGGGACUGGUUCAAGUCCUUGGGAAUAAGUCUGAGUGGCGUUCACAGUGUGUGCGAGCCGAGUAGAACUGGCAGUAAAGGAACAACGGCCUUGCUCAAGAAGUAUACUUCAGUCUUUGAGCCUGGACUUGGGACAAGUAGAGGGCCUCCUGUACACAUAGAGGUGAACCCGGCAGCUCCGCCGCGAUUUUUGAAGCCACGGCAAGUACCGUUUGCAUUGAGACCGAAGGUCGACGAAGCACUGGACAGGUUGGUGAGCCAAGGCAUUUUCCAGCCUGUACGGCACUCGAAGUGGGCAACACCGGUCGUUCCAGUUGUCAAAAAAGAUGGAUCGAUAAGGAUCUGCGGGGACUACAAGAGCACCGUCAAUCGUGUGGUGCAGUGGGAAACGUAUCCUCUGCCAACACCAGAGCAGCUGUUUGCCAGGCUGGCAUCUUGCUCGAAGUUUUCAAAGCUCGACCUCGGACAAGCGUAUCAACAGAAGACUGUUGAUGAAGAAACAGCUGACUUGUUGACGGUGACAACACAUCGGGGAAUUUUCCGCGUAACCCGUCUUCAAUUUGGCGUGGCAGUGGCAGUGGCUAUUUUUCAGAGCUACAUGGAAGAACUGUUGCAUGGAAUUGAUGCUGUGCUGGUGUUCUUGGAUGACAUCUUGAUCGGUGGAAGGGAUGAGGCACAGCACUAUGCUCGUUUGCAAGAGGUGCUCAAAAGAAUCCACGAACACGGUCUGCGACUGAAAUUUGACAAAUGUCAAUUUUGUGUUGAGGAAGUGCGUUACUUGGGAUUCAUCGUGAACUCUGCAGGUGUGCAGCCGACAGAAGACAAGGUGAGUGCUAUUGACGAGGCCCCGGAGCUAACAUGCAAAAAGGAGCUUCAAGCCUUUUGGGAGCUCUGA